GCCCAGGACUGGUUCAGACAAUCGACACCGGGUGUUGUGUGGCCGCGAGCGGGAAUCGAACUCGGGUGGCCGGGUUCGAAGCGACAACGCAGCGCUAACCGCUGCGCCACCGCUCCCCCCACUCACCCACCUACAACACGGACACUCCCCAAAGCGCCCACCCUCUCACUCUCUCGCUAUACGUCUGCUCCUUUAAAACCCACGUUCACUCUUGGCAAGAGUGAAUAUUCGUAACAUCUCCUACCUGCUAACUCCUCCCGUCUUCCUCCGAGACGCCUCUAUUGUGCCUGCGAUUGUAUCUCUGUGCAAGUCAGUCGCUAGCACUUUGUAUGCGGAGUGUGUUGAUAUAUUUGCAUGUAUAGCCGACGUAUGUGAGUAUCCAGGGUUACUCUUUCCUAUGUGAGAACGCGUGCAUGUGAUUUUAUUUUGCACGUGUACGAGUGUGUGUGUGAGUACAUAUAUCACACAUGUGAGUGCAUGCAUGUUGGUAUAUGUGCGUGUGUCUACUAGAAUGUGUGUGUAUAUCGGUGCAUGUGUCUGAUUAUGUGCUUUGCUAACAGCACUUGCCCCAACAGUCUGUUACAGGCUUUACGGGGAAUAUUUGUCUGUGUGUGAGUCUUUAGAUUAGAACCAGGUACAUCUUGAGAGUUGAUUAACCUCUUGACACAUUUUAAUCUAUAAGAUGAUAAUUAUACAAUUAACACAGUCGCUGUUAUUGUAAAAUUAGCCUUCACCAAAUGUACGCGUAUAUUCGGUAUAUAUUAUAAUCUCUUUGCAUCUUCAUCACCAAUUUGUAUUAAGCACACGUAAUAUUUGUUUUAUUCUUAAUUAGUAUCUACAACUGCAAUCGCAUUAAGCGGCAGAGUUAAAUCAAUGUAACAAAAUGUGCGCACAAAUGGUGAAUCUGGCAAACGAGGCAGCGGUCUCAAUGUGAGUAUCAUUUUGCUCAACAGACUUGAGACUUUCUUUGCUUAACUUCCAGAGCAAAGUUAUUGAUUAUUGUAGCCGCUGCUGCUACUGCCAACUGCAGCUUAUUACGACAAGAGUUUCCCAUUCGUAUCGAGAUAGCCUGAUGCGCAAUUCGUAUUUCGCUGAACUUUGAUGACAAACACGGCCGAUCGUCAUGAAAACAACAUUUGAACAAAUUAAGAAUCAACGCGAUAUUAACACCAAUAACAAAAAGGUUGUAAACGUUAUACAUUAAUUCUGCAAUUUUUUUCAAACUCUCUAACUACAACAACGAAGCAAAUCAUUAGGCCAGGUCAAUGUUGAAUGGGCCAUUGAUUCACGACACGGGGAAUAGGCUUUGUGCGCAACCCUGAAAUUCCUUUGCUCAGCUCUCUGCUUGCGGAACAGGGUGGGGGCCUGCCACUAGAGGCAGCUAUACAAGAGCCAGAAGGUUGAAAGCGGGAGGUGGAUAAAACGAACAUUCCUGUUUUAGAGCCGCAGAAAUUCACAAAUGUCUCCGCGCGACUGCCAUCCGUCUCUCUCCCUCUUCCUGCUGCUGCCCCUCCUGCCGCCACCGCUGCCGUUGUUGAUUGAGGGGAGCCCCAUGGGGGUGGUUGGGGGGCCCAUGUCUCUGGGGGGCUCCUCGACCCCACACCGAGUGCGCUAUUCCCACGCUGGGCUGUGUCCGAACGAGGUGAACCCCAACCUCUGGGUCGACGCGCAGAGCACUUGCGAGAAGGAAUGCACGGCCGACCACGUGUGCGAAACCCAUGAGAAAUGCUGCCAGAACGUGUGCGGAUCUCGGAGCUGCGUGGCUUCCCGCUUCAUGGCCCCUUCCUCCUCCACCUCCUCCUCCUCCUCGUCCUACGCGGCCGACCAGAGGAGACCCCCUUUUGGGAGACAAAGGGGACCGGGAGCCACCUGCGCCCGGGUCAUCUGCGCCCAGCAGGGGUCACGAUGCGACCUAUGGGACGGGCAGCCAAUCUGCAGGUGCAGGGACCGUUGUGAGCCGGACCCCAGCUUCACGUGCGCCUCGGACGGCCUCACCUACUACAACCGCUGCUACAUGGACGCCGAGGCGUGCAACAAAGGGGUCGCGCUCGCGGUCGUGCCCUGCAGGUUUCAACUGUCCUGGUCAGCUGCCUCUUCCGAGUCCAGCACGCAGAUAUCGAACCAAUCCCUCGGAGGUUCAGAGGCCACUUCAAUCAACUCUCCCACACCCGCCACUACCGCCCAGCCAGACUCCGGAAGACUGGGCCAUGAUGAACCUCCCCGGGCCCCGGCAGAAGACGUCGUGGCCCCCGUUCUCCUGUCGAACCCAGUCCACCAGGUGAUCCGCGCCGGAGGCACGGUGAGCUUCGUGUGUGGUAUUGGAACUCGCUCCAAGGCCGAGGUGACGUGGGAGAAGCAGCUGCAGCACCCACAGAGCCGGCACGGCGCCGGCAGCAGCAGCGCCGCUGCCACCAGCGCAGCAGCAGCAGGAGGGGCAAGAGGUGCAACAAGAGGCGGUGGUGGUGCUGGUGGUGGUGCUGCUGGUGGUGGUGCUGGUGAUGGUGCUGCUGGUGGUGGUGCUGCUGGUGGCGGUGGUGGUGCUGGUGGUGGUGAUGCUGGUGGUGCUACUGGUGGUGAUGCUGCUGGUGGUGCUGGCGGCGAGGCUCCCGAGUUGGUUGGACCAGGCCCCUCCGGGGCGGACGCGGUGAUCGUGAUGAGGCCCGACCACGUGUACGGCAACGCCGUGGUGACCAACAUCGGGCAGCUGGUCAUCUACAACGCGCGCCAGGAGGACAGCGGCAGCUACACGUGCCUCGUGUCGAACCGCGCCGGCGCCGUCCGGGCCAGCUUCACUCUCUCCGUCAUCCCAUUUCCUCCCGCGUCCUCCUCCUCCUCUUCCUCCUCUUCGUCAUCGUCUGGCCACAACAGCAACAACCACCACCACAGCCAUCACCAUCAUCAACAUCAUCUUCAUCACCACAGCAACCACCAGCAGCAGCAUCACCAGACUCAUCAGCAGGACUUUUGUCAUCAGCCGGCGGACCGCUACGCCGGCUGCGGAGGCAAUCAGCACGUUUUCUGGUUCUAUGAUGCGCGGCGCAACGGGUGCUACACGUUCCUCCGGGGCGACUGCAGGAGAUCGGCAUCAAGCAGUGGUGGAGGAGGAGGAGGACACAUGGGCUUCGUACAAGGAGCUGCAGGAGGCAGGCCUCCACAAGGUGCUGCGUCUCCACCACGAGCCGCAGCGUCUGCUCAAGGUGACAAUUUUGGACAAGCGUGGGGCGCUGCCGCCGCUGCUGCUGCCACUGGUGCUGCUGAUGGUGGCGGUCUCAAUAGAAGACCCUCCCCAUUUUCUUCACUGUCAUUAUCUGGUGGUGGUGGCGGUGUUGAUGGUGCUGACAGCGGUGACGACGAUGCAUUGGGAUCGUCUCCAUCAUCAUCAUCUUCAUCUUCGGCAGCCGCAGCAGCAUCGACAGGAGGCCCGUCUGGCACCACCACCACGACCGUCGUCGAAGGCCACAGCAACGCGUUCGAGACGCACGAGGACUGCCGCGCUGCGUGCGUCAACGAGACGGCGCGCCUGUGCUCGCUGCCUCCCGUGCAGGGCCCCUGCAAGGCGUGGGAGACGCGGUGGAGCUACAACCCGCUGGGCAAGCGCUGCGCCACCUUCCUCUACGGGGGCUGCGAGGGCAACGGCAACAGCUUCGCGAGCCGCUCGGCGUGCGAGCGCGCGUGCCCCCUGACCUCCGGCACCUCCGUCGGCUCGCCGCCGGCCUCCUCAUCCUCCUCCUCUUCGUCUUUCUCGGCGUCCUCGGCGGCGGCGUCGUCUUCAUCCAUUUGCCGGCCGUGCAGGACGAAGAACAAAAUCGUGCCGAGUUUCUGCCGCAGCGACUUCGCCAUCGUCGGGCGGAUGCUCGAGGUGGUUGACGAUGGCACGGACGCGGGCCUCGUGCGCUUCACGGUCGACGAGGUGCUCAAGGACGACAAGAUGGGCCUCAAGGCGUUCAACAUCAAGCUGCUGGAGAUCACAAUGCUGCAGGUGGACUGGGGCUGCCCGUGCCCCAACAUCACCAGCGCGGAGGCGGGCCCCUUGCUGGUGAUGGGCGAGGUGCAGGAGGGCAUCGCCGUGCUCUACCCGGACAGCUACGUGAGAGCCGUGAGCGAGCGCCGGGCCCGGAAGCUCUACGAGGUGGUGGACAGGAAGACCUGCGACCUCCUGCAGAGGUUUCACGACUAGAGGGUGGUGGUGGUCGUGGUGGUGGUGCUGGUGACGAUGAAUGGUGGUGGUAGUGGUCAUGGUGGUGGUAGUGGUGGUGGCGAUGAAUGGUGAUGAUGGUGGUGGUCAUGGUGACGAUGAAUGGUGGUGGUAGUGGUCAUGGUAGUGGUAGUGGUGGUGGCGAUGAAUGGUGAUGAUGGUGGUGGUGGUCAUGGUGGUGAGAGUGGUGGGCAUGAAAACUAUGGUGAUUAUUGAUGGUGGUUUUGCUGAUGGUGAUCCUGAAAAUGAUUGUGAUCAACAGAGAUGGUGGACGUAAUGGUGGUGGUGAGGAUGGUGGUGGUUGCAGUUUUGGUGGUGAUUAUGGUGAUUGUGGUGGUUAUGGUUGUGAUGGUAGUAAUGGCAAUGGUGGUGGUGAUCAUGAUGGCUGUGUGUGGUGGUCGUGGUGGUGAUGGUGGUCGUGGUGAUAGUGAAGCCACCCAGCCUUAAAUCUCAAAUCUUGAAGCCAGCACCUCCGCCUUGGCCAUUGUGAACGUGAAAGACAUCCAAAACCUUUAAUCCACGAUAUAAGCUGUGCUGGCUCCAUACGACUGAUCUGAUGCGGCCAUUACGAACCCUUUGAGAGAAACGCAGACGGGGCUUGAACCAAGCAUCUUGGUGGUUCUGGCUCAGUGCCGUUCGGCACGGACUGAAUGAACUCUUUGAAAGAGACAGACAUCUAGACCCAGGACUUGAACCCAGGAUUCCAGCCGUGAUACGGCCAUUAUGAAUCCUUUGCGAGAGAGAGAGACACUCUACCACCGUGUGUCCAUCACCAAUCGCCUGCUUGAGUAGAGGACUCACAAGGAACUGCUGUUUACACAUAAUGAUUUAUGAUAUAAAAGAUACUUUACUUUGAGACCAAUCUCUAAACAUUCAUAUUUUAAUAUAUACCGUACCUUAAAUGUUAUAUAUACACAUAUUAUAAUUAUCAAGGGCAUUGUGAAACAUUUUAAAAUGUUCAUAGUUACAUGUAUGUACAUUACCCUGUCAUAUACAUAUGAUUAGACAACCAUUCAUCAUAUGCAGUAUAUAUGUACACACAUUCAAAUACAACGUUCCCCCAUAUAGCCUUUUCAGACUAUUUGGGGCAAGUGAUGUUAGUGAGCAGAUAUAACAACCUGCAGGGCGCAUGUUUAAACACCGCACCAGGUACUCACUUUAGGCAGAGUCUACCUAGCAAAGACACAGGAACCGGUUCGGAUAUUUGUUACCAAUGUUGGCUGUGAGUGGGAAUCGAAUUCAGGUCGCUGGGUUUCACAGUGCAGCGGCGCUAACCGCUGCACCACCGCUCCCCCCACAAAGACGGACACACACAUGUACACACAUUCACACACACCACACCAUACACUCAGAUGAGGACUGCACAGACUGGGUAGAUAACAUGAGUACCGCUUUGUGACUCUGCAGGGAUAUUUUAACAGCAGGAACCAAGGUUGAUGGCCCCCGUGUGCACCUGGUGCCAUAUUCUUCCAUCGACACAUGCGGAACGUAUACGCGAUACAUAUAAAGAGUCUAUACAAUGCACAGGUUGAUCCGUUUAUAGCCACCCCACGGAAAUGAAUAUGGAUAAAGCCACUAUCUCUAAAUUAGCCCAAGACUCCCGCACAUCACGUGACUUCUGUGUAGCCACACCCACUCUGAAUCCCUACCCCUCUUCCCCACCGCCUUCCCCUGUGAAAACAGACUCCGCUCUGUGCUACCUACUGUUCGUUGCUUCCCUCUCUCUCUUCCCUCCUCCCCUCUCAUCCCCGACAU